UUUCCCUCGGAAUUCAAACCUCAGUCUGAAAUCCCUAAAACCCCUUUCCACUUUUCUUCUUCCAAAAAAUCGAACCAGAUCGAUCGAGCGAUGUGGAAUAAUCGACGUCCGCCGGAAAAUGGCUCCGGUAAUGAGGAAGACAACUCCGAUCAGGAGAAAACUAUAGCAAAGGCAGCUGGUUUCGUGGUCGUUUCGGGAAUCGCGAUGAGCAUUCUCAAAGCACUCAAUCCAUUCAACCAUCAAAACAUCAACAGUAAAACCAGUGAAGUAAAGGCAAUAGUUUUCGAGUCAGCUCCAUCUCAAACUCAGCCUCAAGUGCUUCAACAAUGCCAACCAGAGCCUGAGCUCAUAGUCAAGAAACCAAAUUGUUGCGUGGAGAAAAGAGAGAAGAAGGAAGUUUCACCAAAUGUGAUAGAGAUUGAGCGGGGAGACACUCUUUGGGGACUCUCUAGAAAAUAUGGGGUGUCAAUCGAGGAAAUUAAGGACGCUAACGGGCUUGAAGGGGACACCAUCUAUGCUGGGAAGAAACUUGUAAUACCCUAACGUGCUCAAUCUUGUUGAUUCUUGUUGUUGUAUUGUUGGUUAUCCUGUGAGGUUUGUAUUGUUUUUUUCGUUGAACUAUUGGGUAUGUUGUAUUAGGGGAGAGAUUUUGUAGUUUGAAACGAACGGUAUGGCUGGUACGAGAGAUAGGGAUGUGAGAUUGGUUUGAGCUAAUGUAAAAUGGAAAAUUUUAGCUGCUAUGAUGAACUUGUAUCUCGUCUCGCAAUAUUCUAUCAUGUAGAAGAAAUGAUGAUUCUCCAAAUUCUCUAUCGGUUAGUUGUCCUU